AGGGGCGGGUGAGGUGAGGUGGCAGCGCCGCGGGGGAGGGGCCCCGUGACAGGGCGCUGAGGGGGCGGCGGGCGGGGUGGCGAUGAUGGCGGCCCCCCUCAUAGCGCGUCCCUCUCCUAAAUGCAAAAGCGAGGGGACAGCAGGGCUCGCGGCGUGAGCCCCUGGUGCGGGAUGGCACCGAGCAGCCUCACCUGGCUGCGUGGCUUCCUAGGGAGCCGCUUGUUCUAGGAUCGCCUCGCCCGGAGGGCAGCGGGAUGGAGCUGAGGUGCUGCCGCCGCCUCGCCCCCUGCUCCAGGAGCACCGCCGCCACCUUCCUGCUCGGCGGGGUGUUCAUAGCGCUGGGCUCCAGCCGGAUCCUCCUGAUGAAGUAUUCUGCCAACGAAGAUAACAAAUAUGAUUACCUUCCUACAACGGUGAACAUAUGUUCUGAAGUAGUGAAAUUGUUCCUCUGUUUGAUACUGGCACUAUGGGUUAAGAAAAAAGAGGGUUGUUUGGAUCAUCCCUCUGGAUGUCUUUCCUGGAAGAAUUUUUGUAAUUCCAUGAAAUGGUCAAUUCCUGCCUUUCUUUACUUCUUGGACAACUUGAUUGUCUUCUAUGUGCUGACCUACCUCCAGCCAGCAAUGGCUGUACUUUUCUCAAAUUUUGUCAUUAUAACAACAGCUCUUCUCUUCAGGAUAGUGCUAAAGCGAAAACUCUCUUGGGUACAGUGGGCAUCUCUGGUCAUCUUAUUCCUGUCCAUCGUUGCCCUGACUCUGGGAACUGGAGGCCAUCAGCAAAGCUUGGCUGUACACGGAUUCCAUCACAAUAUGUUUUUCAGUCCAUCUAACCACUGCCUUCUUUAUACGGGACCUGAGGAACCGUGUGUUGAAAAGGGCAACUGCGGAGCACCCAGCUUCCUUCCCAGCUUCCAGUGGAACGUCACCAGCACCAUGGCAGGAGCACUGAAACCUCUCCGCCUCAGUCUGGGACAUCUGCUUAUUCUAGUGCAGUGCUUCAUAUCUGCCCUGGCUAACAUCUACAACGAAAAGAUCUUGAAAGACGGGGACCAGCUUGGUGAAAGCAUCUUCACGCAGAACAGCAAACUGUAUGCCUUCGGGGUGCUGUUCAAUGGGCUGAUGCUGGGUCUGCAGGCCAAGGACCGGAGGCAGAUAGGGAACUGCGGCUUCUUUUAUGGGCACAACGUCUUCUCAGUGACUCUUAUAUUUGUCACAGCUUUCCUGGGGCUGUCCGUAGCCUUCAUCUUGAAGUUCCGAGACAACAUGUUCCAUGUUAUGACUGCUCAGAUCACCACUGUCAUCAUCACCACAGUGUCUUUCGUCAUUUUUGACUUCAGGCCUUCUUUAGAAUUCUUUUUGGAAGCUCCUGUGGUGCUUCUUUCCAUAUUCAUCUAUAAUGCCAGUAAACCAAGAGGCCUGGAAUUUGUCACUCCGCGGGAAAGGGGCAAGCUCUUCAAAGGAGACACGUGGGAGAGGUCAAGUGGGGAUGGAGAAGAAUUUGAGAGACUGAACAAACCAAGCAGUGACAUCGAUACAGAUGAAGAUUCGCUCUAGCGUGGAGCUGGCUAAGAGGAAUGCUAUUACUCAUAGUGAGAGAAUGUUAAUGUUUCCUUGACAUAGCGAAGGGUCCUUUUUUCCCAUUUGCAGAACAAUUGAGACUACUUUGGGUCCGGAUGUCAGAGAUGGAUGAGGAAAACAUUCAAGCUCUUAAUUUGAGCCAUUUAUUUUUGAGAGCUGUUUUCCCUCUUUCCAUCUGUGCAAAUUAGGAGUUCAAAAUCUGCUGAAAUAAACAGAGUUUAUACCUGAAGUGGACAAGAAGAGGCUUGGACCCUGGACACAGUUGUCUGGGUGACAUGCUGCAUUGGAGGGCAGUCCUGGACUCUAACCAUAUGUCUUUCAUCACUUCAGGUUGACUGUCCUGAGUCACUGCACAAGCUCCUGUAUGAAUUCCUUGGUUAGCAAAGCAGAGAUGGAUAAAACUUGUCCACGUUGCAGAAGUGAUAUAAGGGUUGAUUGGCAUCUUCCAGUGUAAAAAUGCUUCAUUAAGUUUUCUUUUCAGGGCUUAAGAUGUUACUAAUAACCUCAUAAAUAAGAGGCGAAUUGACUGUUUUACUGUAUUUUGGUGAUUCACAUUGAAAUAUCCCUUGCUGAGUAAGAGAGUCCCCCUGAACCAAUCUCAUCAAACCUUGACCUGAGAAUGUAUAAUAAUCAGAUAAUUUGUCUGAAGGAUCAACAUGUUCGUAAUCUAGGAGAAUCUUUUCCAGUUUGAAUGGUCUUAAUUCUGUUUUCAUUCCUGUUUUACACCAGUGUAACUCCGUACUGGCUCCUGUGGAGUCCUUUCUGAUUCUCUGAUGUGACUGAAGCAAAUUUCACUCUCACAUUUCCAGUAUGAGACUUGUGUGUGCCUGUCUCCCAAAUGUCUGGGGGAACUGAAAUUUGGAAUGCCUUUGUAGAAAAUAGUAGAUUUUAAUGGCAACUUAUGUGGCUUCACUUUGAAAGAUCCUGAAUAAAACAAAAGCGUGUUAUUUGGUAUGAAUGUAUCAUAGGGGUCUUUAUUGCAUUUAGAAAAGGUGUGUGGAGAGACUGAUUUUGCACUGGGGCCACUAUCUGAAAACGGAUGUUAUGCAGCUGCAACGAUGCCCUGCAAUAUCUGGAACACUGAGCAGGAGGGUGCAGGUGUUGAUACCAUUUGUUGUUGCUCUGACAACUCAGACUGAUAAGAGUUUGCAUUCAUUUUUGCAGAGAGCAAAAUCAUUCUGCGGAAUGUCAGGCACGGUGAACUCAGAAUCACUGUUGAGGAGUCUGCUGGAUUGUAUUUUCAGUGAGAUGAAAAAUGGGUUCAAAAUAAUUCAAGGAAUUUUAAAAGUUGGAGGAUGAAGGGAACAGUCAAAAACAAGGCUUUGAUAAUGGAAAGAUAUCUGUCGAAGGAAUUCUUAUGAAGGUAUGCAAUGAGUUCAGUGUCAGAGCCUCAUACCACAGCGUAUCUUAAUCAAUUACUGAUGCAUUUCUCUGUGGACUGAAGACAGUUCUGCCUUUGUUCCCCUCUGCCAUCCUUUUUCCAGGCUCUGUGUGCCUACUUACGCAUACUGUCUUGAUGGCUCAUUGCUAUAUUAAUUAACAUACCUCCUGUCACUGAUCCAUCAAGCAGGGCAGCCUGUUUCCAGUUGUGGCCGAUGACUGUCAAGUUAUAAACCACGCAUGUGAAAUUCUUAUUCUGAUUUCUUCCAUCUUUUUUUUUUUUUUUUGGGAGUAUGAACUUUUUCUAGCAUGUAUUAAGAAUUACACAAAGUGAAAUUACUGUUGUGGUUUGAUUAUAUGAGCUAACCUUGUAAAUAUGUUGAGCUGAAAAAUGUCUUACAGCUGAUCUUGUUGUGCUACCAUGGUAGCUCAUUUCAUCAAAAGGAAUCCUGGUUGUUUGGAUUUGUACAGAAUGAAUAAGAAAGCAUAUUUGAAUGUAAAUUCCAGAAACAUGAGUUUUGUUGGUGUGUAAUAUUCUAUUUUGGGAAAUGAAACUUCAAUGCAAAAAAAAAAAAGUUCAAACUGUUCAAGACUUAGUUGCAGUAAGAUGGUUUCUUUUUUUUCCAUUACAUACAGGUUUGCAGUAUAUACUUGCCUGAAUUCAUUGUCUUUUUCAGUCACAGCUACCAACUUUAGCAGACAUUCCCAUGAAAAGUGAAAGCACUGUUAGUUUUAGAUUGCUUUGCAUUACUAGUGGUAGCUUUUUACAUCACCUUUUGCAGGCAGCUUUGCCUUGCCUUAAGUCAGAACAUAAAAAUUAGCCUCAUACCUCAAAUGAUAGAGCAUCAAACCAAAGAUGAGUAUCUUUAAACAUUUUCUUGACUUUCCUGCCAUGAAAUGUAUGCCUUAAGAGAAAUAAGAGCUGGAAAUUAUUGAUCUGCAAAUGUUAUAAAGUAUAUUUAGACUUGCUUUCAGCUCUUGUCCUGCUUAGUCAGUUUUACCCUCUAUAAAUUUCAUUUUAAUAACUUCCAUCACAAGCAUGAUGUCAUGAUUGACUUGUUUUGCUAAAGUCUCAGAUUUCACAAAGAUAACAGGAAUAUAACUAUGGAGGUCUAUGGAAGCAUUUACUUUCCUUGUAGAGUUAGAUCCUAUCUAACAUGUAGAAACCUUUCUGUUGUCUUCAGGUGAACAGGUUGGAGGUCUUGGAGGCAUUCAGUUGGAUUGGCCAGGCAGGUUUCUUUUAAUAAUGGAGGAGAACUGUAUAUCCCCUAUACAGCAACAGGAACAUUAACAGCUGUCUAAAAAUGGGUAAGGACUUAGCAUAAACUUAGCAAUAAAAAGUAAGUAACCCAAAAAUAUAACCAUGCAGUUCUAUGCAGCCAUGCGGUCCAUGGCAAUGGUCAAAUUUAGCAUGUAUAUGAGAUUUGUUAGAGGAAGUGACUACAAACCACAGUCAGCUGGAAAACAGCUCUGGUCAGCAAGGGGGGGCUGUUCUGUAGAGCUAUACCUUGCGAAUAGAUCAUGUGAAUCCUACUGCAGUAACAGUGGUUAAAUAUUUCCAUUGUAUAGUUGCUCACCUACUCUGUCAGAAAGCUUACUAUUUUUCUUUUCAAAUGGUAAUAGGGGUUUUUAUGAUGAAGUUUUUUGGAGACCAACAUUACUUUGGCACAUAAUCUUUAAUGAAAGCAUUGGGCAGAGAGUUCCUUCUACACUGUGAGUUAAAACCCAGAUUCACAAAUGUUUGAAUUUAAUAGCUGCUGAAAAUGUUAUGUUCCUCCCACAGAUCUGAGGAAUUAGUUCAUAAAACCUCUUGGGAAGAGGUCUCUCUAUGUUUCUCUUGUUUAUAACAAGCCAGUUAAAGUGAUUUUUAUUUUGUUUAAUUUCAUCUACUUUGUGAAUGUAAAAACUGAGCCAUCGUGCUUGAAAGACAGCCUGAGGAUGAAAACAGCUGUCUUUCAGCUGAAUCAAAUCCCAGAAAUAUGUAUGAGAAAAAAGUUUUGAAAUUUUCCUCAUUGUGUGGAACCUGCCCGCUCAGAACUAUGGAAGUAGUUAAUCUCAAUAAACCUGUGCUCAGAGUGAUGCUGCAGGGGCAGAUCCAGUACUUUGGAUCUGAUUUGUGUUUGGAGUAGUGUAGCUCCCUGAUGCGUGUAGUCUUCAACAGAACUAUACAUUGUUGAAAACAUUUUUUUUUCCUUCAAGCCUUGCUUUUAGUUCUCCAUAGUGAGAGGUAGGUUGCAAAGUAAGGAUUUUAAACCAUUGCUAAAAAUUCCUAGGAAUUUUGAGAUGGUUUGUAAUGAAGGCAGAAAUCAGCACCAGAAUCAUAACGAGUCUUCUGCAAAUUUUAUAAAUAUUCAAAAAAAAAAAAAAA